AUGUCGUCUCCCGAACCCGAAUCCUCACAGCCUCAACUACAAUGGACCUCACAGUAUAAUGUUUCCGCCUCGACCGCCUCCAAACUCCCCGGCGAUAAGAUCCUCCUCCCACCUUCCGCCCUCGAAGCCCUCCUUUCUGCCUCUUCGACUCUCGCUCGCGAAAAUGUUAGUCGCGACCUUCCCCGAUAUGAUCCCUACAACUCCGCCACAUAUUCGGCAUACCGUCAAGCCGAAUCGCAGUAUGAGGAUCAGAGACAACAGCUGCCAUAUCCGCUCAUGUUCCGACUGGUCAAUCCGGAGAAUGGAAGAGUGGUGUAUACCGGGAUAAGAGAGUUCAGUGCGGAGGAAGGCAGUGUUGUUUUGAGCCCAUUUCUCGGAGAAGCUUUAGGCUUAGGAGAGCAGGCUGAGAAGAACGAGGAACAUAUGGAUGUGGAUGGCGAAAGUACUGGUCCAGUGAUCACUGUCCACGCGAAGCAGCUACCCAAAGGUACAUUUGUGAAAUUACGGCCCUUGGAAGCUGGAUACGACCCCGAGGAUUGGAAAGCUCUCUUGGAGCAGCAUCUACGGGCGAACUACACAACUCUGACGAACGGCGAAGUGUUGGUCGUACCUGGUGGUAGAGGCAUAGUUGGCAAGAAAGAGGAGUUCAGAUUCCUAGUCGAUGGAUUCAAGCCAGACGUUGACGGCAUAUGCGUUGUGGAUACAGAUCUCGAGGUUGAUAUUGAAGCGUUGAACGAAGAACAGGCGAGGGAGACAUUGAAGAGAAUCGCGGCAAAGAUUUCGAAAGCGCCGGGUACAGAGCAAGGCAGCUCCCCAGGUGGAGAGGUCGAUCUCUUCAAGCCGCAAGAGGGACAGGUGCUUCCUGGGGAAUAUGUGGACUACCAACUUCCUUCAUGGAACAGGGCUCUGCCAUUGGAGAUUGAGCUGGAGGCUGAGGACGAGGAGGAAGACGUGAACUUGCUUGCCAACCCGUUCUCAUCGACCCUACGCUCUACACCACGACUUGACGAAUUCAUGUUCGCCGAUCUGGAUUGCAGACCGAGGAAGAGACUGCGACUGGAGCCAAGUAAUGUUGAGUUGGAGCAUGCUGAAGCACUUUAUCUUUCGGUACACGCAUUCGCACCUUCGCAGGAGCAGACAAAUGGACACACUUCAAACAGCGAGACGCAGGCCACGCCGAGGAGAUACACACUCAGAGCUAGACAUCCCGAUACGAAAGAGAAAGCUGUUAACGGGACACCGGCCGAGACGAGCGAUGUAACCCCCAACGAAGGCGACGUACGAUGUAAGAACUGCACUCAAUGGGUGCCACAACGGACACUCAUGCUCCACGAGAACUUCUGUCUACGCAACAACAUGCUCUGCCCCAAGGGUUGCGGUCAAGUCUUUCAAAAGCGUUCACCGGAAUUUGAGAGCCACUGGCACUGCCCUCAUGAUGACUCUUUUGGCAACUCGCCAUCCGCACACCAGCAGCACGACACCAUCUACCACCCCGACGAAGUUCUCCGUUGUAGCGAUUGCGGCACAUCAGAGACCUUCCCCAAUCUUCCAGCUCUCGCGCACCAUCGAACCACGACCUGUCCAUCGAAGUUGAUCCUAUGCCGUUUCUGCCACCUCGUCGUUCCUCAGGAAGGUGACCCAGAUGUCCCAAACGCAGAGGCUUUGUUAUCCGGCAUGACACCACACGAACUCGCCGACGGCGCUCGCACAACCGAAUGUCAUCUCUGCAACAAGAUCGUCCGCCUCCGAGACAUGGAAACACACCUCAAGAACCACGACCUCGACCGCUUCUCUCGCCCCGCUCCGAUCCCCUGCCGGAACACCAACUGCGGCCGCACCCUCGACGUCUGCUCCAAGACCGGCGACACGCGCGCAGGAAGCCGUAUGGGUCAGGGACCUGGCAACGACGUCGGCCUCUGCAGCUCGUGUUUCGGCCCUCUGUACGUGAGUAUGUAUGAUCCCGAAAACAAAGCACUGAAACGCCGUAUCGAACGACGAUACCUCCAGCAACUCCUCACAGGCUGCGGCAAAGCGUGGUGCAGGAACGAGUUCUGCAAAACGGGACGCAAGAAUCUAGAUCUGAACGCGAAUGUCACGACGAAGGAUGCGCUGCCCAUGAUCAAGCCUUUCCUCGAGGGUGUCACGAGUCCGGAGAAGGCGACGCCGCUGCAUUUUUGUGUGGAUGAGGGGAGUCAGAAGCGGAAGACUCUGGCGGGGAUGUUGGCUGCUGAGGAGGGCGGGCCGUUGGAGAAGGGGGGUGGGUAUGAUUUGGAGUGGUGUGUUGGUGCGCUGGAGGCGGAGGGUGGGGAUUUGGAUGGGGCGAGGGCGUGGUUGAGGAAUUGGGCGCCGAGGAGGGGGGAGAGGAAGUAG